CCCGCGGCCGCCGCCUCCUCCCUCGCGCCCCUCUCCCUGCCUCCUUGUACGCCCCCGCCAACGUCUCACCACCGUACACCGGCACCCGCAUUGCUCGAGCUCCACGCACGAGCGCCCGCCAUUAACUAUUCAAGCUUCACUUCGCUCUGUAAUCUCUCUGUAAGAUCGAGGCAGAGCUAGCGUACGCAGCAAAGCGAAGCGCGCGAGUGUGCUAAGUCUAACUAACUCUGGCCGGGCGCAGCUGCCGGGUGACGGGAUGAGUACGCUACCAGGGGCGUGGCAUGUCGCGGCGGCGUGGGAGCAGGUCCGCGGCCCGGUGAUCGUGCCGCUGCUGCGCGCGUCCGUGCUGCUCUGCCUCGCCAUGUCCGCGAUGCUGUUCGCGGAGAAGGUGUACAUGGCCGUGGUCGUCCUCGCGGUGCGGCUGCUGGGCCGCCGUCCCGAGCGGCAAUACCAGUGGGAACCCAUGGGCGACGACGACCCCGAGCUCGGCAGCGCUGCCUACCCCAUGGUCCUCGUCCAGAUCCCCAUGUACAACGAGCGCGAGGUGUACCAGUUGUCGAUCGGUGCGGCGUGCGGGCUCUCCUGGCCGUCCGAUCGGAUCGUCGUCCAGGUGCUCGAUGACUCCACAGAUCCCGUCAUCAAGGAGCUGGUGCGGGUGGAGUGCCGGCGCUGGGCGAGGAAGGGCGUGAACAUCAAGUACGAGAUCCGGGACAACCGGCGCGGGUACAAGGCCGGCGCACUCAAGGAAGGCAUGAAGCACGGCUACGUCAAGGACUGCGACUUGGUGGCCAUCUUCGACGCCGACUUCCUGUGGCGCGCCGUCCCCUUCCUCGUCCACAACCCCGACAUCGCCCUCGUCCAGGCUCGCUGGAAAUUCGUGAAUGCAGAUGAAUGCUUGAUGACAAGGAUGCAGGAGAUGUCCUUGGACUAUCACUUUAAGGUGGAGCAAGAAGUGGGCUCCUCGACCUAUGCCUUCUUUGGAUUCAAUGGAACCGCUGGUGUGUGGCGCAUAUCUGCUCUGAACGAGGCAGGUGGCUGGAAGGACCGAACCACAGUUGAAGACAUGGACCUGGCAGUCCGAGCCAGUCUCAAGGGAUGGAAAUUUGUGUAUCUUGGUGAUCUCAAGGUAAAAAAUGAGCUCCCAAGUACGUUCAAAGCAUUUCGGUACCAGCAACAUAGAUGGUCGUGCGGGCCCGCAAAUCUGUUCAGAAAAAUGGUGAUGGAGAUCAUCAGAAAUAAGAAAGUGACUCUUUGGAAGAAAAUCCAUGUCGUCUACAGCUUCUUCUUGGUGCGCAAGGUUGUCGCGCACAUUGUGACCUUUGUGUUCUAUUGCCUUGUUAUCCCGGCCACGGUCUUAGUUCCCGAGGUUGAGGUACCAAAGUGGGGUUGUGUCUAUAUUCCAACUAUUAUCACCCUUCUCAAUGCUGUUGGGACUCCAAGGUCUGUUCACUUAGUUGUCUUUUGGGUACUAUUUGAGAAUGUCAUGUCAUUGCAUAGAGCAAAGGCCACCUUCAUCGGUCUAUUGGAAGUGGGCACAGUGAACGAAUGGGUGGUAACCGAAAAGCUUGGUGACACUCUGAAGGCUAAAAUGCCAAGUAAAGCUUUGAGAAAGCUGAGAAUGAGGAUAGGAGAAAGGUUGCAUCUUUGGGAGCUUGGUGUUGCAGCCUACCUCUUCCUUUGCGGGUGCUACGACAUAUCAUUUGGGAACAAUCGUUACUUCAUCUUUCUCUUUAUGCAAUCCAUUGCAUUCUUCAUCGUCGGUGUGGGCUAUGUCGGGACAUUUGUUGCACAAUGAUUAUAUCUGUCCCGAGUUCACCAUGUCUUCGAUGAUUUCAAGUUUCAUGGUAUAUAAUCCAUUUGAAAGAUAAGAUCAAGAAACCUUCUCUUGAGUGCAAUAUUCUCUGAAAAAGAAUGCAACAUUGUAAGAGUACUGCAGCACAACACAUAGGUAUAUGGGUGUGUUUUAGCUGCUAGGAAUGUGCUAUGACAUGCAUGUGAUUGGUGACGAUCAAGCAGGCUGUUUUAGGUCUCUACGUCACUGUUUCAGAAAGAUAGGAUUCUGUUUUUAAGUUUCGCCAUUUGUCUAAACAGAGAUGCAAGAAAAAGUUCCUCCUUUCAUUGUUAAGGAAAGUAAAGUGCCUGGUGCCUCCUCA